CACCAGGCCUGUCCCCUUCCACACCCAGCCUGGGCAAGCCUGAUCUGGCUACAGGCAUGAGGGGCCUCCGGCGGAGAUGACAGUGUUGGCACCAGCCUGGAGCCCAGCUGUGCGUAUACCAGAGGGACAAGACCCCCCUGCUGCUACUGUUGCUGCUGAGCCCGGGCCUCUGCGGGACCCCAGACUGCACCUUCCCCCACAGCCCCAUCUCCUCCACCUUCGCCGACACCAUCCGCAAGCUGUCUGACUACCUGCUGGAAGAUUACCCCGUCACUGUGGCCGCUAACCUGCACGACGACAAGCUCUGCGGGGCCUUCUGGCGCCUGGUCCUGGCCCAGCGCUGCAUGGAACGGCUCAAGACAGUGGCUGGGUCCCAGAUGCAACAGCUGCUGGAGGAUGUCAAUACCGAGAUAUACUUUGUCACCUCAUGUGCCCUCCAGCCCAUCCCCAGCUGUCUUCGCUACGUCCAGACCAACAUCUCCCACCUCCUGCAGGACACCUCCGAGCAGCUGGUGGCCCUGAAGCCCUGGAUCACCCGCUGGAAUUUCUCCGGCUGCCUGGAGCUGAGGUGUCAGCCGGGAGUCCCAAGGCCUUGGAGGCCACAGACCUGCCAGCUGCUCAGGCCCCUCUGCUACUCCUGCUGCUGCUGCCCCUGGCCCUCCUGCUGGUGGCCGCUGUCUGGUGCCUGCACUGGAGAAGGAGAAGGUGGAGGACACCCUACCCUGGGGAGCAGCCCAGGGAGACAGACACAUCUAUCAUCCCAUUUUACAGAGGACACUGAGGCCCCGAGAGAGGAGUCACCUGCCAGAGGACACAGAGCCGGGACUCGGAGCGAGUCAGCUAGAGACUGGUCCCUUCCUCGGCAGCGCUGCCCCUGCCACUAUCUCCCCAGGAUGGAGGGAACAGCAGCCGCCGGCGCCGGCCCCCGCCCCACCCGCUGCCCUCUGUACAUAGCCCUUGUCCCCAGGAAACUGUAUAUAAAUCAUCUUUUUCUACCAGUUCUGGUCGGGCCUGUCUGUAGGUGGGUUGGAGUCUUGGUGUUCCCCGUUAAUGCAGUGUUUCGUUCACUACCUGUUUUCCGAGGCCUCUGGGGGCCCAGGGACAAGUACGGGGCAACGCUGAGGCCCGAGUCGGAACCAGCCCAGAACCUUCUCAAUGGAGAAGGGCACAUGGGACACAGCCUCAGGACAGGAUGAAACACGCUCUGUCUGACCCGGGUAGCACUGCGGGACCCCGUAGGAGGCACCUGACACGGCCGGCGGGCCACCACGUGCCUGAAAGCCUGCUGUCGCUUGAGGGGGUUUAGGCGCUUCCCCACCGAGUC